UCAUCAUACGCAAGACUCAGGUGAGAGAGAGAGAGAGGGGAGUUAAAGAGAGAGAGAGGGAGGUUGAAGUUAGGGUUUUGAAGAAGGGGAAGAGGAAGAAAACUAAUGGAGGCUAUCACAGAGGGAAUCAACAACGUUAAUAUUUCUUCUACCAAUUCCGAACCCCAAAAGAAGAACCGAAUCCAAGUCUCCAACACCAAGAAAUCCCUCUUCUUCUAUGUCAACCUCUCCAAGAGGUACCUGCAACAAUACAAUGAAGUGGAACUCUCUGCACUUGGAAUGGCUAUCUCUACAGUGGUUACAGUUGCUGAAAUAUUGAAGAACAAUGGGUUUGCCAUUGAAAAGAAGAUAAGGACACUUACAGUGGACAUGAGAGAUGAACCAGGAAGUCGACCUGUAUCAAAAGCUAGGAUUGAGAUAGUGCUGGGGAAGACGGAGAAGUUCGAUGAACUGAUGGCUGCCGAAGCCGAGCAAGCUGGAGGUGGUGAGGAGCAGCAGAACUGAAUCCUAUAGAUUACAUUUGUAGUAGUUGGUAUUGUGCUCUGUUAGCAACUUCCCCAGACUAGUGAUGUUUUAGAACUCAUAAGUUAGAGUUUAAGAAAAAACCAAGCUUGUUUAAAAAAUUCAUAAUUCAUUGAUUUGGUAGAUGACUUGAUAAUUACUAAUUAGCAAUGUUUGUAUGUUCUUGUAUGCAGUAUUGCACUCUUUUGUUUAUGUGCAGUCUUUCUGUUUC